AUGUCGCAGCGGGUGGGCAUGGGCACCCUUCUCCCAUCACCACCCCUGGUUCGCAAGGCCCAGAGGCUCUCAACAAGACCCCAGCACUGUCUCCCGGGAAGAACAUUUCAGCACACAGGAGGGGAGGGAAGCCCAGAGGAGCACGAGGGAAGAGUGCGCUCCACGUGGCUGCACACAUUUGAGCCUUCCUCACAUGCUCAGAGGCUUCAGCAGGGGUGGAUCAGUGCAUCCUUUUUUGCCCCAUAUCAGCACGAUGCCUCCGCCUUCGACCCAGCCCCAUGCUGGCUGGCAGAGCUAGGAGUUGGUUGGCACAUCCAGGCAGCAAAGCCCAAAUCAAUGCUGGGCGAGGGGGCAGGGAGAGCCCCCCCCUCGGGAAUGCAGCAGGGGGCCUCCAUGGGGGAGGGCACAGAGGGCGGCGGCUGUCCCAGAUUCAAGGAAUCAUGGGACUCUGCAGAAACUGGGCAGGUGAUUUUGGCAGGGAUGAGGGCUUACAAGCUGAAACUGAAUCCCAGCAAAACAGAGAUGCUACUGGCAGCGCCUCCCUUCCCGCCUGUUCCUCCCGGCCUGAGCCUCUGGGCACGUGCAAAGCGCUUGGGCUGCGUCUCUCUCCCUCCUUCCCGCCCUGACCCAGGCAGCGCCUCCCUUCCCGCCUGUUCCUCCCGGCCGGAGCCUCUGGGCACGUGCAAAGCGCUUGGGCUGCGUCUCUCUCCCUCCCUCCCCCCUGGGCCUGAGAGCGCCUCCCCUCCCUCCCAGCCGGGCACGUGCAAAGGGUUGGGCUGCGUGGGCGGGGGUCGUGGGGGGGGCGUCUCCGUCUCUCCUCCCCUCCCGGCCGGAGCCCCCGGGCGCGUGGCAAGGGCCUGGGCGGCGCGGGGGCGUGGCGGCGGCGGCGGGCGGGCGUCUGCGGGCCUCCCUGGGCGGGCUGCGGAGGGCGGGACUCGGCGGAGGCGGCGGCGGCGGCGGCGGCGGCAGGAGCCUUGCAGGAAUAUGGGGCGCCCGGCUGCUCCCGCCGCCCGCCCGGCCCCGCCGACGCCGCCGCUGCGGCUCCUGCUCCGGCCGCCCCUCCUGCUCCUGCUCGUGGUGGCCGCAGCUUCGGAGCCACCUCCUGGCCCCCCCAAUGCUACUGACCUCCACGCAACCCCGUGGCAGGGGGGCGGCAGGCAGCAGGUGACUGUGGGCGAAGAGGCCUCCUCCUCCUCUGGGCAGGACCAGCCAGCGUCUGGGAGGAGCAGUGCCGGGGAAGCGGGAAAUGGCUCAGCUGCCCGAGCCUCUUCCCAGGCCGCUGGACCAAAGGAAACCCCUCAACCCCCACCUGCUGCUCUCCCAAGGGGCAGAGAUGCUGCCGCUCCUUCCGAUGACCUGGCUGCCAGCAGCCCCUACCCUGGGGCAGGCCUCCCUGUGAGGUACUUUUCUGGGGAGCGCGACCCCGAGAACCCCCAGAUGGGGACCACCCUGUGCUUUGGCUGCCUGGGCGGAGGGGAUCAGCUGCAGGACCCUUUGGGGGGUCCCCACGGCCCCCUGGAAGCCCUCGCCAGCAUCACCAGCUUUGCCCUGCCGGCCCAGGAAUCCGAUGGCACCAGGAGGCUGUCGGAGAGGAGAGAACUGCCCGGGAGUGCGUCUCCCCUCCCCGAAAGCCGGGAAGAGGCCGGAAGCGGAGACCAGCACCCCAAGGCCUCCCCCAGCGAGGGAGACGGGGCAGAGCGGACUGCCGUCCCCACCGCCCUGGAGUUCGCCACAGAGACGAGCUCGCCGAUGGGCCAGGACCUCGGUUACGAUGCAGACGAGAGAGACCCUCUGCUUGGGACCGUUGGGGUGGCCGUGCUGCCGUCUCCCACUUUGAGCGGCCCCAUCCAGACCCCCGAUGAGGCGGAGCGGGUUGUGGAGCAGGACUCGGCCCAGAAGGAGGAGCCGCUGGAAUUGUGGGUGGAUUCGUCGAGCAACUCGCCUUCGGAGGGUGCUCAAGGCCGCACCAACCUGGCCUGGCUCCAGACCGAAGCGCCCACCCGGUUGGCUGCCACCCCUUCGGUGCUGGACAUCCAGACCUCGAAACCGUCCUCCGACCCCUCGGCCUCGGAGAUCAUCGAUAUCGAUUACUAUGACCUCUUCGACGGGGAGAGUCUGGGGGGCGCCGGACCCGAUUCGACCAAGAGGAAACCUUCAGAGGACAAGGGGAUGUCGUGGUCCCUCCACGACCUCUACGACGACUUCACGCCCUUCGACGAGUCCGACUUCUACCCCACCACCUCCUUCUACAUCGAUGGGGAUGAGGAGGAACUGGACGAGCCGGAGGACGACGAGGAAGAGGAAGAUGGGGGAGGCGGGCUAGCCCGGGAUCUGGAAGAUGAGAACGACUACCGGAUCCCCACACCCGCAAUGCCCAAAAUCCAGACGGUGGUCCAGGAAGCCGAAUCCACCAGCCGGCGCUACGUCAUCCCGCCACUGCAGACCUUCGUUGUCUCUGGGGGCAGCGGGGUGGCCACUCCCAAACCCCGCCCAGCUGAAAGCGGCCGAGACCAGAGCCUGUCUGGCGGUGGCGAGAACGGCACCGACUGCCGAACCGGCUACGUCCGGCACAACAACUCCUGCAAAUCCGUGUGCGACAUCUUCCCCAGUUACUGCCACAACGGGGGACAGUGCUACCUGGUGGAGAAUUUGGGCGCCUUCUGCAGGUGCAACACGCAGGACUACAUCUGGCACAAGGGCACCCGCUGCGAGUCCAUCAUCACUGAUUUCCAGGUGAUGUGCGUGGCCGUGGGCUCCGCCGCCCUGGUAGUUCUGCUGCUCUUCAUGAUGACCGUCUUCUUUGCCAAGAAGCUCUACCUGCUCAAAACCGAGAACAACAAACUGCGCAAGACCAAAUACCGAACUCCGUCGGAACUCCACAACGACAACUUCUCCCUGUCCACAAUUGCCGAGGGCUCCCACCCAAAUGUAAGGAAAUUUUGCGACACCCCGUGUAACCUCUCCCCUCAUGCCCGUGCAUUGGCUUACUAUGAUAACAUUAUCUGUCAGGAUGACCCCAAUGCCCCCCUCAAGCUCCAGGACCCCUUGAAAUCCUGCCUCAAGGAAGAGGAGUCCUUUAACAUCCAGAACUCCGUGUCGCCCAAGCUUGACAAUGGGAAAGGGGACCCGGGCGACUCGGAGGUGAAUUGUCUCCAGAACAACCUGACAUGAAGCCGGGAAGGGGCCAGAGAACUCAAACGAAAGGGUGGGGGGGGGGGAUGGAAAGCACGAGAGCCAUUUCCGAUUGUACAAAUCUCAUUUCUUGUAACUGUUUGUUCUGUUUCCUUCCCUGACUUCAUAGCAUGCUUUGAUGUAUUUUGUACAGAGAAAAAAAAAAGAAAGAAAGAAAUAAUACGCGAGAAGACGCCGCCGAGUGUUUCCUCAAUGAAUUGUGGGUUGUUUGGUAUGUCCCUGUCUAUAUAUUGCCUGGGUUAGCUCCUCCCUCCCUCCCUCUCUC